GAGAGAGAGGAGGCGAUCACGGAGGGGUUCCUUCCUCCGUUGAUUGGUCCGCACCUCGGGCUCCCCGAGAGUCGAAAGAGGCGUCGAUUGGCUGCUCGCGCCUGUCAGUCGCCGAGGGCCAAGUUCCAUUGCUGUGGCUGGGCGUGCGGUGGGAACUGCUUGCUGCUGCUGCUGCUGCUGCUGCUGCUUGCUGCCGCGGCGGCUGGUGCAGCUGCGGGGAGCUGGCUGGCUGGGCUGGUUGCGGGGCUGCUUGAUGGAGAAGUGAUGCUGGCUACAUGGAGACUCGCGCAGCGCAGAGGCUGCGGGAAGACAAAGGCUGGCUACGGGAGCCGGAGCUCCGCUGAAGCCUCGGCGCCGCUUAAACCAGGCGAAGGCAGCCCAGCCCCACCGGUAAAAAGCACACAGGUUCAGCAGCAUGCAACAAAACCCACUUUGAUAUUAAAGUUAGAAAUGCUCAAGUAUGGCAGACGUUGAAGAACUACUGGCAUUAUGGAUGCGGCAAAGCCAUGGCAUGACAUCCGAAAUUUAAACAGAAGCAACUUGAGGAUAGACUAUGUACUUCUGAACAAAAGACUCUGCUGGAGAUUAUCAUUUAAUCUGUGGUUGAAUCCAUAUGGCAGAUCUGUGAAGAAAUUGGCCUGAUCCUGCUAUCAGUAUGAAACUCAAUGAAGUAACCAAGGACAGCUGGCAAAACUGUGAUGCCCUCUAAUAUUUGGAGCUCUGUCCAAGAUGGAUCUCCCUAACUCAAUGCAUGCAGAAAUAACACCUCACCCCAAGACAUGGAAGCUAUCAUUAAACACAUCCCUCUUAAAAACUUUUCAUGGAUUUCUAUGAACAAGUGCCAUGCUGUUAUUGUGUCAAAUUUUUAAGAUCUGAAAAAUAACAUGCUGCCUCUGUCAGACCAAGUGAAGCAAGUGGCAAGAAGACAAUUGGUUCAUUCUGUUGAUUAGAAGAGCUUCAGGAACAAUGCCUUCAAAAGUCUCGUGUUUAUAUGUCUUGACAGUUGUAUGUUGGGCAAGUGCUUUGUGGUACUUAAGCAUAACACGUCCCACUUCCUCCUACACCUCAUCUUACACUGUUCACAAAACUUAUGACAGCAUCUCAAUGGCUCGAAAAAAUGUUUCCUUUGGGAACAUAAGGACUCGACCAAUAAACCCACAUUCAUUUGAUUUUCUCAUAAAUGAGCCAGAGAAGUGUGAGAAGAAUGCUCCCUUUUUGGUUAUUCUAAUCAGCACAACACACAAAGAGUUUGAUGCUCGACAAGCCAUCCGGGAGACAUGGGGAGAUGAGAACAACUUCAAAGGUAUUAAGAUUUCCACUCUUUUUCUUCUGGGGAAAAACACAGACUCUGUGUUAAACCAGAUGGUUGAGCAAGAAAGUCAAAUUUUUCACGACAUCAUUGUGGAAGAUUUCAUUGACUCGUAUCAUAACCUGACCCUGAAAACAUUAAUGGGAAUGAAGUGGGUGGCCACAUUUUGUUCGAAAGCCAAGUAUAUCAUGAAAACAGACAGCGACAUUUUUGUAAAUAUGGACAACCUCAUUUACAAGUUGCUCAAACCGAACACCAAACCAAGACGAAGGUACUUUACUGGUUACGUCAUCAACGGAGGCCCCAUCAGGGAUGUUCGGAGCAAAUGGUACAUGCCUAGGGACUUGUAUCCUGACAGCAACUAUCCGCCAUUUUGCUCAGGCACAGGCUAUAUAUUUUCUGCCGAUGUAGCAGAGAUGAUUUACAAAACUUCCCUCCAUACUAGACUCCUUCAUCUUGAGGAUGUGUAUGUGGGACUCUGUCUGCGGAAGCUUGGCAUUCAUCCUUUCCAAAACAGUGGCUUCAAUCACUGGAAGAUGGCCUACAGCCUGUGCAGAUACCGGCGUGUUAUUACGGUACAUCAGAUAUCCCCUGAGGAAAUGCACAGGAUUUGGAAUGAUAUGUCCAGCAAGAAGCAUCUCAGAUGUUAGGACUUUUUGAGAUGUAAAUACUUUGGUUCUUGUUAUACGAAUAGAGAGCAAACAGACAAUGGGGUGUUCACUUUUAGGAGGAAAAACCUUAAUAAUAUUUUGGGUUUGGCUGGUCUCCCCAGCUAUAACUUCUGGUUUACGAACUGCAGGUCCUAACAUAAUGGUGUUAUCCGCAUCAGUCCAAACAAACAAAAGAGGCAUUUGUCUUGUCUAGUCUAUCAAGCGUAUGCAUAAGAAGAUGAGUGUAACAAGCAUAACAUAAAAAUUCAUUCCCAUUAGAAAGUCAGAAAGGAACCUUUCUCUAAGGCAAUGGUGGGUCAUUGGUUCUGAGGAAAAUUCAUCCUCACUGAAAUUAAUUUUAAAAAAUGCAAACUGAAAUGGUGCCAUGAUAGACCUCUAUUCCAAAUUAGAUGCCACUUUCUCCUCAAAGUCUAGUUAGCACGUAGAACUUAGACUUAUAUACCGCUUCAUAGUGCUUUUACAGCCCCCUCUAAGCGGUUUACAGAGUCAGCAUAUUGCCCCCAACAAUCUGGGUCCUCAUUUUACCCACCUCGGAGGGAUGGAAGGCUGAGAGUCAACCUUGAGCCGGUGAGAUUUGAACUGCUGAACUGCAGCUAGCAGUCAGCUGAAGUAGCCUGCAGUACUGCACUCUGACCACUGUGCCACCUCGGCUCUUAUAGUUGUCAGUAUAAAGUUUUUGCUAUGACAGGAUUCAGAAUGAAUCUUUGUAGAUUUCUGUCCAUGCAUCACUCCUUCCAAUGAACCAACCGUUUUCCCCUAAAUUCAGAUAUGAGUAGCAGCUGAAGUAAUAAAUGGACCAUAGCUAAAAGUAAUUUGUUUUAAAAGUUACUGUUUUAUAUAUAGAAACAUUUCAAUAUUUGAACACAAGCCUUUUGGAUCCCUGUCUCCUCAUUUAAAAAUUCUACUUCCACUUAGCAAAAGUAGGCCCUAUUGGAUCUCCUUCGAUUAACUAUAAACUAUAAACAGUAUGGACAAACCAACAACUUCUGGAAGAAGUGCCAGAGACCAAAGGAGAUGUCUAAUUUUCCCCAGUAAGAUUAGAGAGAGAUUGACUUCAGAAUAGGAAACCUGAGGUUGGAUCCUUCUUAAACUGUCAUUGUAAAUAACAUCCAAAACCAGCUGAUCUGGGAUCAAAACUCUUGGAAAUCUUAGACAAGUUUUUUAAAGGAGUUGGUCCAUGAAGUGUAGCAAGAGAACAAUAGAACCUAUAUUCUUUACCACUAUUCCAUCCUGUGGAAGAGGGAAUUUAAAAAUACGUUGAUGCAAACAUCUUUCUCUCUUUCCUACUGUUUUUCAAAGCAUGGAGAUCACAUACCCUUCACAGUUGGGUAGGCUAACCAUUCCAAAUUAGAUUGCUCUGUCCCAAUUUAAAAUAUUCUCCAGAAUGUAGUAAUAUAUAAUUUUCUUCAUUGUAACAACCUUGCCAAAUGCCAGAUCUGCUCCUUGCCAUCUAUAAAUGAAGGUGUCAAAAGGUAUUGGUAAUAAUGUCAAUUUAGUGAUGAAGAGAUGUUUGAAACCUCACAUGUGUUUAAAGGGGGAAAUUGCUAAAUGCUGUCAUUACUUCCCUUUUAACAAUUGAAGUACUUGCUUUUAAUGUUGUUUACUAAUUGAAAAUCAACGGUGCCACUUUAUUUGCAGGAAUAGUGUUAAACAAUCAGUAGAAAUACUGCAUAACUAAGGAAGGAAUUAACAUUACUGUGAUGUAACCAAAUGCUAAUAAACAAUAUGUAUAAUUAUGGAUUGGAAGAUAAGAAAGUUCACAGCCAAAAUUCUGAAUGGAACACUGUUAAAAACAUAGUUUAUUGCAACGUCUAUGGAGAUUCUCAGUCAUCCAGGUCCUGGUUGUUCCAAAGGUGCUUUUUUUCAAGAGGCAACUGGACUUUCUGGUUUUUCUUUGAAGACGUUUCACUUCUCGUCCAAGAAGCUUCUUCAGCUCUGACUGGAUGGACCAGAAAGUCCAUUUAUCUCUUGGAAAAAAGUAUCUUUGGGGCAGUUUAUUGCAACACUUUGCUUUUUAAGGAGCUCAGGCGUAUUUUUAAUUAUAAUGAAUGCCCACUGGAAUUAUAGAUCUGUAUGCUGUAAAGAAGAGUGGGGGAGGGAACGAAAAGCUCCACAAGUUAAAUAGGAAUUUAUUUAUUUCUCAUUUGUGCCCUUCCAAAUGGCGUUAUCAAUAGUAACAUUUGAAGUCGACAAGCAUCACAAUUUGACAGACAUGCUGGUAUUUUAUUCAUUUAAAAUACAAAACUCCAUUUGGCAUUAUGGACAGGGGUAAUGCGUAGUAUUUUAAAAGCCAAAAGAUACCAUGUUUAUGGAACCCAAGUUCAGUUUGGUGGUUGACUUAUUCUCCAAAGCACCAGAGGGGCAGGACAAGAAGUGAUAUGUGGUAGAAGUUUGUUACAGAGUGAUCCACCCUAGAAGUAAGGAGAAAUGUUCUGACAGUGAGAGCAAUAGCUCAGCUGGCCUCCUGGGGUUGCAGGUAUUCCAUCACUGGAGGUUUUCAAAAAUAGAGUGGACAACCAUUUGACCGGGAUAGUAUAAGGCUCCUGCCUUGAUUGGACCAGGGGUGAAAUUUAUUUAUUUAUUUAUUUAUUGGUUCGAUGUAUAUGCUGCCCUUCUCCGGAGACUCAGGGGGACUUACAAUGCGUUAAGCAAUAGCCUUCAUACUUUUGUAUAUACCUGCUUUCGCCCCCCACACCCCAAGCGGUGUUCUUUUUUAUACAAAGUCAGCUGGUUCGGACCAGAUCGGGCAAUCUGGUAGCGAUUGUGGCAGAUGGUUCGGAGAACCUGUAAGCAAUGGCGGUGUGUGGCUCCGCCCACCCACCUGGGUGUUGUUACUUCCUGCUUUUAAAAGGUAAAAAAAAGGCUCUGUCGAUCAUGCACCACAGCUGUGAUCAUCAGAGCCUUUUUUUUACCCUUUAAAAGCAUUUUUUACAACCUAUUCACCUGAAUACUUUUAAAAAGUAAAAAAAAAAGUUGGGCACGCCCACCCAGUCACAUUAACCCCACCACCACCAAGCCACGCCCACAGAACCAGUAGUAACAAAUUUUACAUUUCACCGCUGGUUUGGACUAGAAGAUAUCUGAGGUCUCCCUUCCAACCCUGUGAUUCUAUGUUGUGUGUUCAAUGGACCAUUUUCUAAAAAGUACAUGUUUAAACAUCCUAUUGAUAGAAUUUCAUCAGCAAGACCUUCAAUUCAACCUAUUAUCAUUGGACCAUCUCUGGAAUCUUUCCAGCAUCUAAAACUACAUUUCAUUCCUAAGGAUUUUUAAAAUAUUUAUAAUUUAAUAACACUUUUGCUUUUCUUUUGGGGGGGGUAAUCAGAAUUAAAAGAUAUUUUGGAACGAAUGAAUCGGUGAUAAAUGCUUCCUGCUUUGCUGUGCAUAUAUUAGAGCUGUGCAAAUCAGCUAAUUCAUUUGAUGUGAAUUUGCAACUUGAUCUUAGGAAUCAAUUUGACCUGGUUCAGAUUUGCAAUGGGAUUGACACAAUCAAUGCAUUUUAAUAAUCUGGAUGCUUGAGUACAUAUACAUCCUUCCACUGAAUUCUGAACUGUUGAAUCUGUUCAGCAAAAUUAAUCGAAAGGAUGUUUUGACUGAAUUGUCUUCAUAAUUCAGCUUCAUACAUUUCUAGCAUAUGCAAUAGCUUUGUUUGGAUAGAACAGUAUCCAGUACCAUGCUUCCACGCCCCCUUACUUUAUACCAUUGUCAUGAAGCUAAGAAUGAACUGAAAUAGUAUAGUGGAUCUUUACUGCAACACUUCAUAUAUUCUUCUCAUGGGGAAUUUCAGCAGUAGGAUGUCCUUUGGCUCUCCUCUGCAUGAAUCCUAUCAUGCGAUCAUUACACUGGCCCUGGAUUGCUUUAGAGUGGAUUUGGGAAGAUGGGAUGAAUAAGAAAAGAGGAAAUUCUUCUCUAAGGUUAUAUUAUUCCACCAACAGGAAAUGUUGGUUGCUAACUUAAAUGCAUUUUUUUUCCAGAAGUAGCAUCUGACGUUGGGCUGAUAUCCAAUAGAUGGACAUUGCUUAGAUAACCUUUGAACGUUUCCUUCUUUGGCCAUCCAAAUUAUUGAUGGCAACUCAGACUGUGCCAAUUCAACUUGUUUCAAAGGGAAGGAAACAGGACAUUAUGCAAACUCUUUGAAUCCUCUCUACUUGUAGUCACUUCUUUCCCUUCCCAUAUAACUAAUGCGGUGAUGUUAAUCAGAAUGACUAAGAGGACUAGUUCCUUGAGAUGAGUAGAAAGCUGCAGUGACUGAAUGCAUCCUGAACCAAAGACCUCUUUUAGGCACCCUUCAUUGGAUUUUUGUUGGACAUCUUACUCCACUAGACUGCUAGCAUCUUUUUGAACAUGCUUACAGUAUGAUUGGAUUAAAUCAUAAUUCAUAAAUACUGGAGAUACGUCUAAGAACACCUUAAUUAAUACCUACUAAGUUCCCAACCCUCCUUGACAUAUACACGUCUAGGAAUGCUUUAGAGACCAGCACAAGCCUAUACACUCCCAUGUUUUGUUCCAAUGUAUGCUUAAUUGUCUAGGGUGGGGUGGGCAAAGCCAAGGUAAAUGGAUACGGUCAAUUGAGGAGAAGACACCUUUUAGGAAGUAAGGGCUUCAUGUCAAUGUUUAGCAUGGCAACUAUUCUGUGAAGAGGGAAGCCAUCCCCUACUGAAGCAACUAUUUUGUGAGAAAGACCAAAGACGGUCUCAGGAAUUCACUAACUCAAAAACAUUGUCUCUCCUGAGUCCUGAAUGUCUUUUUAUUGUGUUCAGCGAUUGCAAUGAUCAAAGAAGUGUAUGAAACUCCCUGCAUAGACCAUAUAUGCUAUUAUUUAAUUACUAUGGCCAUGUGCAGCAACUACAUAAUUCAGCCAGCCAAAGGAGAUGGAUGUUGCUUGAUAGAAACUCCUCUUUAAGCAGAAAGGCAACUGCUUAAUCCCUUUUAUUUUAUCCAUUGAGCAAGGCUGUCACUCACUAAAUUGCUUAUCCAUACUGUUAGAUAAUUAAUUUGUUUCAGGAAUAAUCAUUAUUUAUUAUUUAUUUAUUAGUCAUAUUUCUAUGCCGCCCACUCUCUGAGGACUCUGGGCGGCUUACACCAAAGACAGUAUACUAAAUAGCAUAUUGCCCCCAACAAUCUGCGUCCUCAUUUUACCCACCUCGGAAGGAUGGAAGGCUGAGUCAACCUUGAGCCGGUGAGAUUUGAUUCGCUGAUCUGCUGAACUAGCAGUCAGCUGAAGUAGCUGCAGUACUGCACUCUAACCACUGCGCCACCUCGGCUCACUGCUUAACAUAGUUUUCAUAUAGUCCUUGCAAAGGAAGUCACUUCUAAGUAUUCUAAGUAAAGAAAUAAAUCAAGUCCCAGGCAGUCACCUAUCAGAAGGCGUAUAAUACAGCCACAACCAAGAUCUCAAGGGCCUAAAAGUUCUUCAGAAUAACAGAGUUGGAAAGGACCUUGGAAGUCUUCUAAUCCAACUUCCCAUUCAGGAAACCCCCUGCUCAGGAAACCUGCUGUCCCACUGCUCAGGAAACCCUAUAUCAUUUCAGACAAAUGGUUGUCCAAACUCUUCUUAAAAACUUCCAGUGUUAGAGCAUUCACAACUUCUGGGAGGCAAGUUGUUCCACUGAUUAAUUGUUCUAACUGCCAGGAAAUUUCUCCUUAGUUCUAGGUUGCUUCUCUCCUUGAUUAGUUUCCACCUGUUGCUUCUUGCCCUGCCCUCAGGUGCUUUGGAGAAUAGUUUGACUCCCUUUUCUUUGUGGCAGCCCCUGAGAUAUUGGAACACUGCUAUCAUGUCACCCUGUGGCCUCCUUUAGUUAUAAAGAAGGAUCAAUUGCACUUAUAGGUCAAAAGGCCUAGAAACAGAAGAGCAGAAUUCAAGCUACAAAGAAGCUCUAAAUUGCACUGAGCACGUAUUAACAUGUAUUAAAAUGUUUAAAGUAUUAUUUAACUUGUUCUUCUUGUCUCAAAUAGUUGGCCUGUCCAGUGUCUCCUGUUUUUCUUAAUUGUCCUUUAUUAAAGCCACAUUCGAAAGGAAAUGUGUACCACUGCUUAGAUAAGAGAACGUUGACAAUGUAAGAUGAGAAUUUAAAGACACUGUUAACUUUUUCUGUCAUGUCAAAUCUUGAGCUCUCCAAAUGGUUUGCUGAUCAUUUUCCUCUUGUAGACCUUCUUUUUGUGAUAUGAAGGAAAAACAAAGUAGCAGUGACACUUUACAAUAAGUCGGUAUUUGUGAGGGGGGGGAAUGGUCAGUCUUCUUUGGCCAUCCUUGUUGGUUAUAAAGAAAUUGCCGUCACGAGUUUGAAGAACAUGAGGCUGAGAAAGUCUGAUCUACAGAUGCUACUGUAGAUGUCCACUGUAUUUCCACGUAACACUUUUCUACCACUGUACUCCACUCUCUCAAUAGUCCUACUAUCAUAUCACUUCAUUGUGUGAGGGAUCAAGAUGGAUUAUGUGUUAAUUUCACAUUUUACGGAAAGUUCUUGGGCAGCAGGAUGGCAUGACACUGACAGGAGAGGCAUGUGCAGAAAUGAGAGGUUGGGCUGGAAAUUCACCCUCUGAAAAAGAGGCAAAUAUCACCCCCUUCCUGCAAUUUGCUCAUAUCAUAAUCAAAAUCCCAAGAGGGCCUAAAUGAAACCACCAAAGUGCAAGAGGGAUAGGCCCAUGCAUUCAGGGUGGAGCUUCAUUUAAAACACACACACACACACACACACACACACACACACACACCAGUAGUAGGGCAAUCAAAAGAUCAGCAAGGAUUCAGCAGGCUUCAUAGUCAUAAGGUAUUAAAUGCAUAAAAAGGAUAAGCAAAAAGGGAACAAUGGAAAGCAUCACUUGGAGACAAUGUAUGGUUGGAACCCUGAUCCAAAGCCUGACCCCGAUAGAGCCUUUCCCAUGUAGGUUUCUUUGCAUGCAGGAUGCUAAACCAUAGAUUGUCAUGCCUUAACUGGUUUGUUAGCUUUCCUUAGCACAAGAGGUAGCUGCACGCUCAGAGAGGUGAGUUCAGCACAGCAUUGAGUCAUAGUCUGCAGUAUUGUGAGAUACAAUCACUCCCAAGUAAUUUUAAGACUAACAUCUGCAAACCAUGGGCUCUAAUAAUGGUAACACCGCCUAUGGAGCAACACUGCCUAUGGAAAACAACCCCUUUAGCAACAAACAUCGACCAAAGCCCGGAAAUGUUUACAUCUUCUCCAGAUGUCCAUUAACGCUUAGGAUUGUCUCUUUCUAUUUUUUCUGUUCUUUGACAGAUUUGUAAAUAUUCAUCUUUUAAAAAUGCUGUAUAUAUUUUAAGUCAGCUUCUUCUCUAUCCCACUGCAUGUGUGUGUGUGUGUGUGUGUGUAGAACCAACUUGCAAUGUAACAUUUGGUUAUGCAUGGAGCUGCAUCAAAAUUUCUGUCAGUGUUCAAGAUCCUUAAGCAUGAGAGCCCUGAUUUUUUUUUAAUGUACAUGAUGUUUAAAAGUGAUUUUAAAAAAACACAAAUCUGUUUCUCAAUUCUUUUGAGCAAACAAGAAAAAAGAUGGAAUCAGCAAAGGGAACCACUGGGACGUUAUAACUAAAUACAAGCUUCUUUCGUUCUGGAGGGAGGGACCUCCAGAAUUGCUAUCUUCAACUCCCAGCAGCCUCAGACAAUGGCAAGGGAUGCUGGAAAACAUAGUACAAUAUCUGAAGCUCCUAAGAUCUCCCUGCCCCACUAGUCUUGGCAGCAUUUGGUCAAAGAUUGUUCAGAACCAAAAAAUAAUCUUUGUUUUUUACGUCUAUUUUAAGUUCUUUAACAUUAUUUUUAUAAAACAUAUGGUUUGUUCAUAACAGGAAAUUAUCACAGUAAUCCCAGUCUAAAUUUAAAAAUCCCCUUUGAUUUCUAUUUUUGAAAUGUAAGUGGACAAAGAAGACAUUGCCAGUAACUUUCAGAAGCCUUAUCUUCUGGAGAACUAUUUUAUUAUAGAUAUUCCUAGUGGGUGACUUUGGAAGAUUCCAGAGUCAUUGAGAUUCAAUCAAUAAAUUGAUCCUUUAUUGGGAUUAAAACAGAUCUAUGUACAGAACGCUGAUUUGCAAUGAAACGUCUAAUAAACUAAAGAAACAUGACAUUAUCUGAAGUGAAAAUGUACUAUUAUAUACAAAUGGCUGUAUUUAUGUAUUUACUUAUCAAAAUUGUAUAUAUUGUUUUAUCUAAUGUAAUUGUCAAAAAGUGCUUCUUCUAGUUGAAAAAUGUUACCUUGGAGUUAUAGAGAUGCCAGCCAAGUUGCUGAUCAAGUUGAAUAUUUCCCUAUGGAAAUGGAAAAUGUCUCAGACAGGUUCCAUUUUGUCACUCCUUACGGAAAAAUAAAAUGGUUUCUGAUAGCACGAAGCUCAACUAUAGUUACGUUGGAAGAGGAUGGAGUGUUAUUUUGCUGAUCGUUUUUAAAAACUGGGGAAAUAAAUUAAAGAACAGCA